AUGGCAGGCGAGAAUGAGGAACUAGAGCGUAUAAUCCAUGCCGCAACAAACAAAUUUAAUCAAUAUGCUGCCAGUCAAACAUACUUUAUCCCUCCCCAAGCACAUAUUUCAAUCGAUAUCGAAUCGAAUGAACUGGCUAAAGUAUAUAUAGACGUCGAACAUAACGGAAAUCAAUAUCAUUUCCGAUCCGUAGAAGAAAAAGAUAUUGACGAUGUUCACACAUAUUUGAACAGUCAACCUGCUGUCCGAGCAAAGUAUAGUAAUGGUCAAAUAUGUUCUCUAGAACAAACUACAUCCAGAAUACGUACGCUGGCCGGUCGAUUCGAAAAUCGCAACUCACCUUUAUAUCUUUAUAGCGGAUUUAUCGUAACGGACGCUGAAACGGACAUGUUCAUAGGUAUGGCUUCUUUAGGCAAAGGUACCGAGCCAGGCACGACAGAAAUGGCACGUUUAAAUCGAACAGAAUGUUGGAAUCAUUCGUCGAACAAUACUACAGCAGGUGUGAAUACAAUCGGUCGAAAAAUCUAUUCGGGCGUUGGAACAAUUGAAGCAUGUGCAUUGGUACAAUAUGCCACUCGAUUGAAACAAGAUGGUUAUACUGUAGAUGGUCAUUCACUGCAAGCAAUUGUGUCGACGGCAAGGACUGAUAAUGAAGCUUCUUGGAAGUCUGCUUGCAAAGCUGGAAUGGCAUUGGAUACGGUGGAAGUCGUUGAGCGUCAUGGAACGAGUUUACGUUAUUUAUUAAGAAAAAAUAUUUAA